UUAUAUCUUCACGUGUUGCCAUAAUCCCGUGAAAGUAACACAAAUUAUGAAAUUAUGUUUAAUCUGCUUCAAAAAGGCGAUGUUUAAUUAAAGUCUAGCAGACCCAGCAGCAGGAGUUAUCCCAGCCCGGCGCGUGCGCUGUCGAGCGCGUUUUCGCGUGGGUGCGCGCGCCUUGCUAGGACGGCGCGACUCUCUAAUCAUCUGGGAUGGAUUAAAAUGUGCGCGCGCGUGUGCGCUGUAAUCCGCACGGUGGUCUGUGAUUUGCGGCGGCAGCGCGUGACACAUCUGGACGCGCGCAGUCGCUUCGGGAGAGGCGUGCCUCGGUGCGCGCGGAUGCGUCACACAGGGGAAGAAGGGACGCAGGAAAGGAAAGUUUGGCGCACAAAUGGAGCCGCGGAAAGCGCCGACCAGCGCGUUUAGACUCAUGUAAUCUAUCAGCGGCCGCCUCGGUUCGGGGAUGUAAAGAAAUGGCGGAGAACGAGAAAAAUGGGGACGGAGGAUGUGACGACGGGGACGGAGGAGGUAGCGGUUUCACUGCCGUCGCUGGUGCCACUCUAGGGACAAAACGACACGUCCAGAGAGGGAUCGUGAUCCAGCUGACAGGGACGGAGGGGCAGUGGGACAGCAUGGAUGAAAGUGAGCUCAUCUUCUCCCUCGACCACAAUGAGGACUACCCCUCUAUAUCCCUGUCCAAGGAGAGGACGCUUUCUGCAGAAGAAGAAGAAGUAGGAGGUUUGAAGUCCCAGAGCUUUCAUGUUCCACUUUCACCUUCGUCGCCCGAUUCCUUGGGGAACUUUUCUGCCGCCAGUCCCAGCUUCCUCUCCCCGGGCCCUUCCUCACCCACCCAUCGGCCUCUAGCCAACUUGGUCAAGUCCCUCUCCACAGAGCUGGAGCUGAAAGAGGGCUCCAGCCUGAGACCCAAGCCUUUCCUGAGCCUGGUGAAGUCCAUCUCCACUGAGCUUUCCCGCUCAGAACCCGAGGUGUCGCAGUCCAAAUCGGACUCCCGCCUCAACCUUCACCUGUGGAAACAGCUGACCCAAACCAAAACCCGGAGCAACGGCGACUCUCGAACGGCUCCUCCGACUCCCACCACGCUCUCCCCCAGUGGAGACGGCCCGAAGGGGGGGUUCUUCAAACUGGAGCUGGACGACACCAAGAGAAGGCUCUCGGAGGCCGUGCACGAACCCCUGAGCAGCAUGUUUAGUAAGAUCAGGCGGGAGGACAUCGGCGGGAGCCCCAAGCAUCAAACCAAACCCCAGCUGGCUCAUCAGAACAGCAGCCGGAGUUUGGGUCGGGAAGGCAGCACGGACACGGUCCUGUCAGAGUCUCCUGUGAGAAACGCUCGGAAAACCGACGCCGAUGUCCCGCCUGUGUUUGAGUGGCCUUCCGUGAGACAUGCGGCGAGAGGUCAGCGCGGCGUCUGUCCUGUACACCAUCCCAGGCAACAUCACAGAGACGAGGAUCUGGAAAUCUGUACAGACGGCGACAACAUGCAGGUGUUCUCCAUCCAGACUCAGAGAAAGCCCAGGAGCUCAGCUGGUCUCCAGGUUUUGGCUUCACCGCCAGCCAGGACAUUUCCUAAGCCCCCAAAUCCUCUGCCGCGCAUGAGUUUGUUCUGCGUGGCCGUGCUCUCCUACGGCUACUUCAUCCUACCUUUGAGUCCAUACGUCUCCGGGUUGGCUCUGGGAUUAGCGAUGGGCUUCUUGUUGGGUCUUUUUCUCAUUCGCAUGGGCUCCUGCGGCUCUGACUGCUCGGCGUCGACUCACCAACCAGAAGAGACGCCGUAUGAAGAACGGACGUUGACAGGCUGCUUCGACAGCUCUGAGCCUGACGUCCUGAAGGGCUGGAUGAAUGAAAUCCAUGAUUACGACCCAGAAACCUGCCAUCCUGCCAUGACUCACUCCGUCUUUGCUACCCUGGAGGGCUCCUGCCUCCGUCUGGACUACCCACGCGCCAACAUCAGCCGCAGGGCCGCCUAUGAUGAGAAAGUCCACGACGCUACCUUUGUCAAGUCACGCUGCUUUCAGCUCGCAAAGAGCAAAGUUUUUUUGCUGCCAUCCGUGUUAGCUCGGAAGAGGCUUUGGAACCCCAAAUAUCCCAUCUGCAUCCAGCUCGCUGUGGGGUCCCAGCCUGGGGAAAGAGGAGGCUCCACGGAGAACCUGGACGAGGAGCAAGGGGCCGAACAAUCACCGAACCUGAAGCAAAGCUCCUCCAAACCGACCCGCGACCCUCAAGCUGCUCUGUACCUGUUUGGCCGCACGGGAAGAGAGAAGGAGGAGUGGUUCCGCCACUUCCUGUUCGCCUCCAUGGAGGCGGAGCAUGAGAAGAAGCCUGGCAGAUGCAUUUCACAGUCGGGGGACCCAACACAGAGUGUUCCUUUCCCGCACAGCAGAAGCCCCAGCAGAGGGGGCAGCAGUGACCAUGACGCCCCUUCCACACCCCCGGCCCCGUGCAUCUCCUCAGCCCCCUCUGGAACCUCCAGGGGCCUUUCUACAUUUGAUUACCCCAGCUACAUGGCUCGGCUCCUGGCUGCUGAAGACUCAACGCCCCUCUCCAGUCCUGGGGCGAGCAGCGUAGAGGCCAGCCCCACCAUCAGAGGGAAAUGCACCUGUGAUCUGACAGAGUUCCCUGAAAAGAGCCAAACCGCAUGGGUCAACGCUCUGAUUGGUCGCAUUUUCUGGGAUUUCCUGCAAGAGAAGCACUGGGCCGACGCCGUCUCCCUCAAGAUUCAGAAGAAGCUCAGCAAAAUCCGACUGCCUUACUUUAUGAAUGAGCUGAGCCUGACUGAGAUGGACAUGGGCUGCUCCGUGCCGCAGGUCUCUGCGGCGUCCAGACCAGAGGUGAACCACAGAGGCCUGUGGGUGGAACUGCAGCUGGUCUACACGGGUAACCUGCAGAUGACCCUGCAGACCAAGUUUAACCUGUCCAGGCUGGGAAAAGAGGCCGGCCGGGACUUGGCUCACUGUUUCACUGAGACUGGUACCCCAUGCUCAAGGCCCAUACUCAAGGUGUUGGCAGACAGUGAUGAAGAGUCCUCCAGCGCUGCUUCAUCUGAUGAGGAGGAGCUGCUUCUCUCCGAGCCUCCGGGUCCAGCAGGUGAAAAAGUCUCCACUCCGGCCAGUGAAGGGGCGGGAGGAGGAAAGACUGGAAGGAAGAUUUUAAGAUUUGUGGACAAAAUCGCUAAAUCCAAGUACUUCCAGAAGGCGGCGGAGAACGAGUUCAUCAAGAAGAAGUUCGAGGAGAUGUCCAACACCCCCCUGCUGCUCACCGUGGAGGUCCGGGAGCUGUCGGGGACACUGGUGGUCAACAUCCCACCGCCGCCUUCAGACAGGAUAUGGUACAGCUUCUGUGUACCACCAAAGCUGGAUCUCCAUGUGCGUCCCAAACUGGGGGAGCGAGAGGUGACGUUCUGCCACGUGACGGAGUUUAUUGAGAAGAAACUCCAGGAUGAGUUCCAGAAAGUAUUUGUUCUGCCAAACAUGGAUGACAUCUACUUCCCCCUGAUGUGCUCCGGAUUGGAGAGCCAGCAGAGCUCCUGCUCAGACUCUACAGAGAAGAUCCCGCCUGAAACGUGCCUCAGUGCUGAUGGUUUGUGAAAACGAGUUUGUCUGAGGACGACAUCCCUUCCUGUCUGAAUCAGGAGCUCCGAUGUUCUUCGUUUCAUCCAGAAAUAAAAAUGUUUCAAACUGAAUGAUACCUUUGGAAAAUGUUUACAUAUAGGUAAUCGAUAAAAAUGUGUUUAUUUACUGAUUUGAUGUUUACAACUUUGGAUAAUAAGAUUGUUGAAGUGGUUUAAUAAAAGCUGGAGAACAA